GUGUUGUUGUUUGCGCCCUCUGGAAUCUCAGUCACGGAUCCAUAGCGGGUCGCUUUCCCGUUGAAACCGAGCGCUGCCGAGCGCUGAUUGGUCGACGGGGCGGGUCGUCAUGGCAACAGUGGGGCGCCCGGCCAAUCAGCGGAGACCGGCGAUCGAGCCGGCUACCUCGCGCUACGACACGGCCAGUCUGAAAUGAUCCUUCGUGUCGCGAGGAGCUCGUGAAUGCCGCCCACCAUGGCGUUGGGACUAGGCACUGCCACCUCGCACCCGCUACCGCCGCCGCCGCGCGGUCCCCUGGUGUCCCCCGUGGUCCCCAGCCCCAUGUUCGCGUUGCCGACCCUCAACUUCACCGUGUCCCAGGUGGCCGCCGUGUGCGAGACCCUGGAGGAGUCCGGAGACAUCGAGAGGUUGGCUAGGUUCCUCUGGAGUCUGCCGGUGGCUCACCCGAACGUCGCGGAGCUCAACAAAAACGAAGCCGUCCUUCGGGCCCGCGCGAUCGUGUCGUUCCACAGUGGCAACUACCGCGAGAUGUACUCCAUCCUGGAGCAUCACAAGUUUACCAAGGACAGUCACGGCAAGCUGCAGGCGAUGUGGCUCGAGGCGCACUACUCGGAGGCCGAGAAGCUGCGCGGGAGGCCGCUGGGGCCCGUGGACAAGUACAGGGUGAGGAAGAAGUUCCCGCUGCCCAGGACCAUAUGGGACGGAGAGCAGAAGACACAUUGUUUCAAGGAGAGGACGAGAAGUCUGCUGAGAGAGUGGUACCUGCAGGACCCGUACCCCAACCCGACCAAGAAGCGGGAGCUGGCCCAGGCGACGGGUCUGACCCCGACCCAGGUCGGCAACUGGUUCAAGAACAGGAGACAACGCGACAGAGCGGCCGCCGCCAAGAACAGGAUGCAGCAGCAGCAACUGGCAGCUCAGUUGGCCCACUCGCACGGCCACCAUCACAGCUCCACGUCGCUUCACUCUCACAGUGAGCCGCCUCCGAGUCCCGCCGCCGCCUCCACCACCUCCGACUCCUCCAUCAGCCUCGGAGCGCCGUCCCCGCAGCCGCCCCCACCGCCUCCCUGCACGCUACAUCGUCCCUUCUCGUGAUAUCGGCCCCCCUGGCCUCUCGCCCUGCCCGGACACUCGCUGCUCUCCUAGGUGCAAAGACUAAGUGUUUGCCGUCCGAAAGUUCUUAAAGCCACUU